CGCAACAGACGUACGUGUCAGGACGCGCCUUUACGUAGCCCCGCGAUCGAACACCGCCGACCGAUUCGCGUUCGAUCCUCCAGUGUCGUCGAGGAGCCUCUCUCGGGGGGAGGAAAGAGAAAAGACGAACGAAAUUUGUCGAGAAAUAAGGAAUCGAGGCCCGUACGCACGAUUGGAAAACCGGAGUAACGGAGAGGAAAUUUGGAAAAUUCCACGGGGAUAGUUUCGUUUCGAUCGUUCGACCCGAGGGGGCGAGGAAAAGAGUUGGUUUUCGACGGAUCGUCGACGGGGAUCACGGAUCCACGCGAUCGUUCGUGCACAAGCUACGCGCAGAGGGAACAGGAUCCAGGUGAUCGAGGAUCGAGGGGACGCGCCGUGAACCGACCGGGUCGGUCGCAAGUGCCUUUUCCUUUCUGUUUUCGUUUCGCGGGGCACCGUUGGUCCCACCCCUCUGGGCGGCUCCUGCCCGGAAGGAUCCUCGGUCCGCGCUGACGGAGUCCUCCUCGCAGUACGAGCUCGCUACCGGCGUCAGGAUGUUUUCGUCCUCGAGGGCUUUCCCGCCGAUUUUCUUCGCGGCGCUCUUCGUCUGCAUCGGUCUCGCACACGGCAUCAGAUGUUAUGUGUGCGGACAGUACAACGAGGGGAUCGGCAGCAUCACGCCGUGCAUCAAUUACACCGCUCACAUGCAUCUGAAGGAGUGUCCACCCUCGGCCGAAUGGUGCAUCAAAUACGUCAGCGAGGCGUCGACAGUGCGAGACUGCGUGCCAACGUGCGUGGAAAAGAAGGCCUGGAGCACGAGGACGUAUUGCUGCCAGCAGGAGGGUUGCAACUCAGGACCAUCGUUGUCGGCCAGCAGCGUAGCGGUGAUCCUGGCUGCCUCGAUGACGGUCCUCAUCGUCGGACGGACCCUUCGUGGCUAAUACGUCGCUAGAAACGACGAAGAACCCGCGAACGGAAGCACCGGGAUCCAUCUAACGCUUGAACAAGGUCGGAGAACGUUGCGACGCACGCUGACGACGUUCGAGCCUGAUCGCCCUGGCCGUCUUGCUGACUGGACGCUGACAUGUCGAUAGCUGUCGCUCGUCGAUCGCUGAACAUACGCGGGAUUCUCUAAAUAAAUCGUCAUCCCCCUAAGCGCGUUCGAUCCGGUUGGUCGACUUUCAUCCGCGUUCCCGAAACGGACCAGCUCGAACUUCGCCAAACGGAAACUUUUCAUUCUUCGUACGAGCCGCGCCUCGUGAUUUCCAACCCUUAUCUUUCGUCUUCCUUUUUUUUUUCAAUUCUUACUCCCGACGUCUUCGAGCAUCCUGGACCAAGACCUGACCCCAAUCGAGUGCCAACUCUUCCGAGAAUAAGCCUCGUCUUUACGAGAACAUUCCCAGACAUCUUUGAUCUUCGGUGGUUCGGCAGCAAACAAUGGCGAAUUUCUUUGCCAGCUUGUUAUUGCCACUUUUGGUAAUCGUUUCUCUCGAUUGUCUACUGUUUUGGCGCCGAAGGAAUAAUGUAAGCUGUUCUUGAAGGUUUGUUUUACUUUCUGGUCUUCUAAUUUUGUUGUUGCUUUGCAUCUUUCUUAUUCAUCGUGGCUGGUGGAGAAUUUUAUUCGACUGGAGUGCGAAAAAUCGUUCCAGAGUCUCAAGGACGAAGGAACUUUAUUUGCAAUUUUCAUCGACCCCCAAUUGUUCGAUUAGCAGUUUGUUUCCAGACGCGUAAGUAACAAAGUAAAUUCUAAAUAAAGGAAUGGUUUCUUCUUCGACAAAAAUGGAGGAAAAUUCACGCGAGAGUUGGGACAUCGGAAGUAGUCGACCAUGAUAGAUCGGCCGCGAGAGUUUUCUAGCCAGCAUCGCAGCUGGUCGAAAUAUCGUUCGGUUGAGCGUAAAAGGGUUAAUAUCCGUGUCGGUUAUCGAGCGAAUAAUUUCUCACGGGACCCUUUCCGUCAACCCCGGGUCGGCCAUAUUCGACAGGAGCUCUCUUCGAGUUUCUGUCGGUCGGCCAUCCACUCGACGAUGACUCUCGGUUCUCGAAUUCAAUUUAUUUGAGAACUCUCCGCGAUCCCCUCCCUUUCGAUGUUUCUCGACGUGGUUCCGAUACAACGCCGUACAAACGAGAAGAAGAGGAUAGCUCGAUGGAUGGAUACGUUCUCGAGUCACGUGCCAGACGAAUAAAAUUCACCAGCGUUUAUGAGUUACGUCCUGCUUCGAACGUUCUUCGCCUUUGAAACGUUUUCCAAGCGAAACGUUCGUUUCUUCGCGUUUUCGCCUUUAUUGCGUUUCGUGUCCUUCGACUAGGAAUCAUUAUUCGCUCUUCGUAGAAAAAAUAAUCGCGUUGCCUGUAACGAUGGGACUGAUGCUUUGUAUAGAGUCCUGAUUUGUCAGUUUAUUAAUGCAUCAUAAUUGGUUUUAACAAAGUUAUAGCAAACUAUUUCCAAAAAUUAUUUAUAUUGAUUUGAAAAACAAAAAUAGGAAGAAACAGACCUAUAUGUGUAAUAUUUUUUCCCUACGAGAAUGAGUAUUUUAUAUUCAUGUAUCACUAAUGAGGACUACGGGAUAUAUUUUAUAAUUUACCAUGCUUCGACAAAAAAUUACCAGUUAAAUUUCAAAUUUGAAAGACAUAUUUGCACAGAACUGAGAUCCAACCCUAAAUUAUUAAUAAUAUUUAUCACAUAAUUUCGAAUAAUAGUAUCAGUCCCAGUGCUAAACGGAAACGUUGAUUUCAGUAUGGAUCUCCAAGUUACAAUUUCUACGAGACGUUCUGUUUUUAUUUCGAUCGUUUCAGCCGCAUUGUUCCAAAGAAAAGUUGACACUCACCCCGUGACUCCACAUCCGCGACCUACGUUCCAAUAUCGCGUCUAUUCAGCGUGUUCCGAUCGGUUGUCAAAAUCCGAGUCGACCAAUCCGAGCAGCCGUCGCGCUUUUAACGGGAAACCGAGCGCGCGUAGAUCGAAGUCGAAGUCGACGUCUACAGUCGAACAGAGCGACGACGACAACCGUCGUCGAUUCAGGGUCCCGGGGAGCAAGAACGCCGACGUGGAAACAAUCGGACCACAAUCGUUACAAACGAAUCGCGAUAACAGGCGUGGCGAACGCGCAGGACGGGUUCCCGAUGCCUCGUUCGUGGUCGUGCAUCGACGUCUUUUUUAGAUUGUAAGAAUUCGUUCGACGGUAAUGGGGCAGGAAGAUGGAGGAUCGUUUAGAACGAGGGGUAGAAAAAACCGGAGAAAGGAAAACUAGAAAAAAAAAACAUAAUAGAACGGUAUCGAGAACAAAAAAAAAACAGUCAGAAACGGAAACAGAAAACGGAGUGCGAACAAAGGAACCGCGCGGAUAUGUAACCCACAUACAGAUAACAGUUAUAAAAGAAAAAAAAGAGGAACAGCGAGGA